AUGAAUCUGUUCCAUGUGAUUGGGUUUGGCCUGAAAGUGGGGCAUCUCUUCUGGAUGCUAUGCUGUUGGGUCAUCUCCUUAAUUUCCAUGAACUGGUUCGGUGAUGGUGGGAUCGAGGACAAGUCACCUCUGCUUGGCAGUUCUGUCGGUGACUCAGAGAAGACAAAAAUGGCAGUGAAGAAGAAGAAGAUGUGGUUCUGGAACAAGAUCUCCAACAGCUGUCUCAAGAUCCAGACUCUCUGGCACCAUUUCAUGGGUUCCAUUAGAUUCGGCAAGACCUGGUGGAGGAAGCUCUUGGUCGCGUGGGUCAUCGGCUGGGUCCUGCUCUCGUUCUGGACAUUCUGGUACUUGACCUCACAGGCUAUGGAGAAGAGGAAAGAGACUCUGGCAAGUAUGUGCGAUGAGAGAGCUCGGAUGCUUCAGGACCAGUUCAACGUCAGCUUGAAUCAUGUCCAAGCCAUGUCGAUCUUGAUCUCCACUUUCCACCAUGGGAAGAACCCUUCUGCCAUCGAUCAGAGGACAUUCUCCGAGUAUACAGACAGAACAGCGUUUGAGAGACCACUCACCAGUGGAGUUGCUUAUGCCGUGAGGGUGCUCCAUUCAGAGAGAGAGCAGUUCGAAAUGCAACAAGGUUGGCGUAUUAGGAGGAUGGAUACUUUAGAACAGAAUCCAGUUCAUAAGGAUGAUUAUAACCCCGAAGCUUUGGAGCCAUCCCCUUUACAAGAUGAAUAUGCUCCCGUCAUCUUCGCCCAAGAUACCAUUUCUCACGUCGUUUCUCUCGAUAUGCUGUCCGGAAAGGAAGAUCGUGAAAAUGUGUUACGGGCAAGAGAAUCGGGAAAAGGGGUCCUUACAGCUCCUUUUCCACUGCUAAAGACAAACAGGCUCGGCGUGAUAUUGACAUUUGCGGUCUACAAGAGGGAUCUCCCCCCAAACGCUACUCCGGACGAGAGGAUCGAAGCUACAAACGGGUAUCUCGGGGGAGUUUUUGACAUAGAAUCUCUGGUAGAGAAGUUGCUUCAACAGCUUGCAAGCAAGCAAGAUAUCCUCGUGAAUGUUUACGAUACUAGUAAUAGCUCUCACCCGAUUAGCAUGUAUGGUUCGAAUGUGGCGGAAGACGGGCUGGAACAUGUUAGUCUACUAAACUUUGGCGAUCCUUUCAGAAAGCACGAAAUGCGUUGCAGAUUUAAGCAGAAGCCGCCAUGGCCAUGGCUAUCGAUAGGCACAUCGAUCGGUAUCCUUGUGAUCGCGAUGCUUGUUGCGCAUAUUUUCCAUGCAACCAUUAGCAGGAUUCACAAAGUCGAAGAAGAUUUUCACAAAAUGGAGCAGCUCAAGAAAAAGGCCGAGGCCGCUGAUAUCGCAAAGUCUCAGUUUCUUGCCACUGUAUCCCACGAAAUCCGAACUCCCAUGAACGGUGUUCUUGGAAUGUUGCAUAUGCUCAUGGACACGGAGUUGGAUGUUACGCAGCAAGAUUACGUCAGGACAGCGCAAGCCAGCGGAAAAGCUUUAGUCUCGCUGAUAAAUGAGGUCUUGGACCAAGCAAAGAUCGAAUCUGGUAAGCUUGAGCUCGAGGAAGUCCGGUUCGAUCUCCGAGGAAUAUUAGAUGACGUUCUUUCCCUCUUCUCUGGAAAGUCCCAACAAAAAGGGGUCGAGUUGGCAGUGUACAUUUCCGAUCGUGUGCCAGAGAUGUUAAUUGGCGAUCCCGGGAGGUUUCGUCAGAUAAUGACGAAUCUGAUGGGUAACUCAAUUAAGUUCACGGAGAAAGGACACAUUCUUGUGACGGUUCAUUUGGUGGAGGAGAUACUUGAAACCAUUGAAUUCGAGACAGAAACAUCGCCAAGAAACACGUUAAGCGGGUUUCCCGUUGCAGACAAGCGAAAGAGCUGGGAAAAAUUUAAAGCUAUUUCCUCGGAUGCCCAUCGAAGCUUCUCUCCCUCGGCUUCUGAAAUCAAUUUGAUUGUCUCAGUCGAGGACACAGGGGUCGGGAUCCCAUUAGAAGCUCAGUCCCGUAUUUUCACCCCUUUUAUGCAGGUCGGACCAUCCAUAUCUCGAACCCAUGGUGGCACGGGCAUUGGCCUAAGCAUAAGCAAAUGUCUGGUCGGGCUGAUGAAGGGAGAUAUUAGUUUUUCGAGCAUUCCCAAGGUCGGGUCUACCUUCACGUUCACCACUGUUUUCGGUAAGGGCUUACGCAUGGCCGAUAGGAAAAGCCAAUCCAUAGCCUUCGAGUUCCGGGACAUGGCAGCUGUGGUCGUGGACGAUAGGUCCACGAGGGCUAAAGUCUCAAGGUACCAUUUUCAGCGUCUUGGGCUCCAUGUUGAGGUAGUUCCUGAUCUCGAUCAUGUUCUACGGUUCUUGAAGAGUAGCGUUACGACCGUGAAAAUGGUAUUCAUAGAGCAAGAAAUAUGGAACCGGGAUUGCGGUAUAUCGUACGUUUUCACCAAAAAGCUGCAGAAAUCUUAUUCCGUCGAUGCCCCGAAGCUGUUUUUGCUCGCGAGUUCCGUUGAGUCGUCGAGAUCGGAUGCUCCAAUCAGUGGUUUUUUCGCUCCGACGGUGAUAAUGAAGCCGUUGAGGGCGAGUAUGUUAGCCGCAACUCUGCAGCGAGUGAUGGGAAUCGGGAACAAGGAAACUCCUCUCAACAGGGAAAUCCCGGCAUUGAGUCUGAGGAAUCUUCUUCUCGGGAGAAAGAUUCUAAUCGUCGACGAUAACAACGUAAACCUCAGAGUGGCGGCUGGAGCUCUGAAGAAAUACGGAGCUGAAGUUGUUUCAACGGAUAGCGGAAUAAAGGCCGUCUCUUUGCUCAAACCGCCGCAUAAGUUCGAUGCUUGCUUCAUGGACAUUCAAAUGCCCGAAAUGGAUGGAUUCGAGGCAACUAGGAGAAUACGCGAAAUGGAACGGGAGAUUAACGGGAGAAUUCAGAGCGGGGAGGAGGCAUCCGAAGACGAACAGCGGAACAGGACAGCGUCGAGCUGGCAUGUCCCGAUACUGGCAAUGACGGCGGAUGUGAUCCAGGCAACACACGAGGAAUGUCUGAAAUGCGGAAUGGAUGGUUACGUGUCGAAACCCUUUGAAGCAGAGCAGUUGUACCGGGAAGUCUCUCGAUAUUUUCAGUCUCUUUCGGACUCGGAUUCAUGAGAGAUGGUGGCGACCUCUCGGUCAGGUCAGGGUCGAUAAAAAAACACGCUGACAGACAACGAGCGAUCCUUCCUCGGGGUCAAGAACCAAUUGAUUUCGCCAUUGAAGGAAGGUAAAGAGUGUAAAUAGAAGGUAAAGAAGUUUAGUGCAGUGUGUAUCUUUCGCCCUUUUCGGCUGGCCUUUGUCGGACCGAAGAAGAAGAUGAUGCUAUUCAAGUGUGAAGUCGAGGAGAAGGAUGAAGAAUUCAUGGUGUGCAUAUCAUGUAGGAUCAUCAUCAUCAUCAUGAUAAGAGGCAUCUUCUUCCUUUGAUAUUUAAACAACAAACGAGAAGGCAGCCGGAAAGCGAAAAAGAUAAAAAGGAAAAGGAGAUGUUAUGUAGACAGUACAAAUAUAUAUAUAUAUAUAGAUAUAACCAUUGUAUGUACAACUACACACGUUCGAUUCAGUUGUGACAAAAAAAAAAGUUGAAGAUAACUGUCUGCUGCAUGGCUGUAGUAGUGUAGUGUUCUUUCGCAUUGUUUAUGUUCAUAGUUUUGUAAUGAUUUCAGUGUCGAUAUAUGUAUAUAUAUGUGUGUAUGAAUAUGUUUGUAUAGAUACAAUACAAUGUGGUGGAUGCUUUCUUGUA